AUGAGAUCACCCUGGGAGUAAGCAUAAAUGGAGAAGAGGAGAGAAGUUUCCAUAGAAGUUUCCAAGACCUGAGGCAUCACAAUGUUAAGAGAUCAGGAAUGAUGAGCAAGAAAGACCAAGAACUAACAGCCAGUGAGAAGUCGACAGUGUGGGGAGUUGGAGUGACCCGGCUGGAUGUGACCCCCAGGACAGAAUGGUGCUGGACUCAGGGGCUCAGGUGUAUGAACAGUCACCCCCCAGCCCACCAGCCAGUCCCUCAUCCUUGGGCCAUAGGCUGAAGCCCUCAGACCAAGAUGGGACGCUGCUGUACCCCUGGCCUCAGUCCCUGGCCUUGCCCCUGGCUCUGUCAAUCCCCUCAGCCCUGCGGCCCCGGCCUGAGCUCCAGCCCUUCUCAGAGCUGCACUUGGGCCCCCGUGGCCACAUGCGUCGCAGUGAGAGCACCUAUACUGUAAAUAGUACUGGCCGGCGGGUGGGUAGCACCCAGAGUCGGGCCCCACCUGGACGGGGACGGGACCCAGGUGGGGGCACCCUGCGGUCUGCAGCCUCCCUGCCUCACAUUGCUAAGACUCGGAAGGAUGUAGGCCGUGGUGCCAGCAAGAGCCCUUGCAUGUUGGUGGCCUUGCGGCCAACCAAUAUGGACCAAGAGCGGGACAAGUUCUUCCAGUCCCACUACACCUACAACCCACAGUUCGAGUACCAGGAGCCCAUGCCCACGGCUGUGCUGGAGAAGUACUGUGAGGCUUCUGGACAGUUCAUCCAUCAGGCAGUUGGCAUCAUUGAAGCUGUCCUGGAGAAGUUUGGUACCUAUGAACACUUUGAAGCUGCAACAGGGGGCCAGCUGCUGACCAAGUGCCAGAUCUGGUCCAUUGUUCGCAAAUACAUGCAGAAAGAGGGCUGCGUUGGGGAGGUUGUGGUGCAGUUGAGUGAAGACCUGCUGUCCCAGGCAGUGAUGAUGGUGGAGAACAGCCGACCAACAUUAGCCAUCAACCUGACUGGAGCCCGGCAGUAUUGGUUGGAGGGCAUGCUGCGGCACGAGAUAGGCACUCACUACCUGCGGGGCGUGAACAACGCGCGGCAGCCGUGGCAUAGCGCGGAGGGCCGGCUGCAGUACGGCCUGCGGCCAGCGAACCCCACAGAGGAGGGCUUGGCCAGCCUGCACAGCGUGCUGUUCCGCAAGCAGCCCUUCCUGUGGCGUGCCGCCCUGCUCUACUACACUAUCCACCGUGCCUCACGCAUGUCCUUCCGCCAGCUCUUCCAGGACCUGGCGCGCUACGUGCAGGACGCCGACGUGCGCUGGGAAUACUGCGUGCGCGCCAAGCGUGGCCAGACUGACACCUCGCAGCCGGGUUGCUUCAGCAAGGAUCAGGUGUACCUGGAUGGCAUCGUGCGUAUUCUGCGGCACCGCCAGACCAUCGAUUUCCCGUUGCUGACCUCACUGGGCAAGGUGUCCUAUGAGGACGUAGACCACCUGCGGCCCCAUGGGGUGCUGGACAAUACCCGGGUGCCCCACUUCAUGCAGGACUUGGUGCGCUACCGACAGCAGCUGGAGCACAUCAUGGCCACCAACCGGCUGGAUGAAGCAGAACUGGGCCGCUUGCUGCCUGAUUGAUGCUGGUUGAGGGCUACAGGCAGAGGCCCUGGACAGAGGGCUCCAGAUCAGCUCCCAGAACAUGAAGCUGACUGUUCUGUGCUUCCAUGGCCUGGGUGUUUCUUGGGGAAUUGGGAGGGCAAGAGCAUCCCAGGAGAUAGAAAUGGCAACAUCAGAGGGUUUGUGUCCUUUGCUAGCCUCUCUGGGGCCUAGGGACCAGUAGUAGCAUGCCAAGCAAACUGAGUCUGCCCUCCUACCUCUAGCACUCUGUUGAGCAGAGGGGAAGCCUGGGGGCAGGAGGGAGGCUGAGCAUGAUGGGGAUGGGGGGUGGUUUGGGGGUAGAAACUUGUUCUUGCAUGAGAUGGCUUUGGGUGUCUGCAUACUCCAGUCUCUCCCUUCCCCCACCUGGCCCCUCGGUGCUCCUUCAGCUUUCACGCUGUCUACCUCUCACUGGGUCUUGGUGGGGAUCUCCCUUCUGGGGUGACUGCCUGACCCUGAGGACCUGGCUUUCACAAAACUCAAGGGACAGGGGUCCUGGUGGUAGAGACCCAGCUGGGCUGGGGUGUGCUUCCUAGCAUUUUGCCUCUCCCACUGGUCAUGUAUUUAUAUCCUAUUUAUGCGCCCUUCCUGGGGCUGGGAGGCAGCUUCUAAAGGUGUGGUGGAGGGAACAGAGCUCCUCUGGAAGGCACCAACUGUUCCUAGCCCCACUCUCAUCUCUCUCUCUCUCUUUCUGUCUGUCUGUCUCUCUCUCUCUCUCUCUCUCUCACACACACACACACACACAAACACACACACACGCAAUCUUUUAGGCCUUGUGCGUUAAGCCCAAGAGCUCACCUGGCUUUGCCCCUAGCCCCUCCAAUGGCCUGUGCCGUUCCUGUCUUUGCCCACACCCUCUGGCCUCUGGCAGAGGGUGGCAUAGGCUGGCAGCAGCCACACAUGAGCCUGAAGGGCAGGCCCCUAGCUGCUGUCCCAAGUCCUGAGCCCCCUGUGGACCAGGAGGGUGUAGAGGUGGUGGUUGCUUCCGGUUUCACCUCAGACUCAGCUAUGUGAUGCUGACCCAUUCCUACUCUCACCCUUGCCCUUCGUUUUCCCAUCGGUAAAACUCAGAAAUGCAACUGGAAAGUCCUUAUUCAUUUAGUCAGUGAGUAUGUGUAGAGCACCUUCUCUGUGCCAGUUACUGGUCAGAACCCUCACUGAGUUCCCAGUCCAGAGAGAAGCCAGACAAUUAAAACAAUUAUAAUGAAGUGUGUGAGCUCUGUCUACCUAAGAUCCCUUCCUCUUCCUCUCUCCUAAUCUCACUUCCCAAGGCUGUGAGCUCUAGCCUGCCCUAAGUGGAGAGAAG